GGGUCAUUCAUUUACACAUCCGAAGAACAACACUAUUCAUUUAUUUGCUGCAUGCAAAAAGCAAUUUCCUGAUAUUAAAAUCAUGAACGACGAGUCUCGUGCUCUCGGCAGAGACUCCUCAGGCAUUGCGUCCACUAACGAAUCGUGGCACCAAAAUUGGCACCAAUUCAUUCCAUCAACUGAAUCUUGGGCUGUCGUUGAAACCUCAAACACGAGCUGCCAAGCAGCAUCGGAUGUCGGCAAUAGAAUUCUGGACCUCACAGUUGUUUCUUGGAACAUUGACGCAGGGGAAAAGUUCUCAGUUGAACGCUCGGAAGCCAUCGUAUCUCAUAUUCUUGGCUUACACCACGUUGAUAUCAUGUUUUUUCCAAGAAGUCUCCAAGCCUGCACCUAGAGCACCCCCGGAUCCGCCAAUCAUGGUACUCAAGCGAGAAAGACUUGACUAACUGGGGAGGUCAUCUUUUCGCGACCAUGAUGCUAUUAUCAAAGGACCGAUUUAACAGCUCAAGCCUAGGACCAGUCUGGAGAGUCAAGUAUCCCAGUCGCUUUGGUAGGGACGCUCUUUGUUGCGAUGCCUCUGUACCCUCGUCACCAUCAAAUGAGACAUCUCAGUUGCGACUUAUAAAUGUGCACCUCGACUCACACCCUCUUCAGCCUUCGAAACGCUCUGAACAACUGUCAAUCGUUUCUGGACUUUUGCGAGAAGCUGGGCGUGGCCUGGUAGCUGGUGACUUCAACGCCGUUCUUCCUCGGGACGAUACCCUGAUUCAAGACAAUGGCCUUGUGGAUGCUUGGGUUGAGCUUCAUAACUCCCAGCCAGGCUUCACUUGGGGCGUUGAUGGAAAGCAAAGGUUCCCAGCUCGUCGAUUGGACAAGGUCGCUAUGCUUAGGCUACGGUCGGUUGGUAUUGAGAUUUUACACCCUCAUAAUAUUACAGGUCAGGAUGGACGUGUUGUUCCUUGAAGCGAUCACUGUGGUCUAAAGUAUUCUUUCAAUGUGAUGGAAGAAUGAGUCCUGAACCAAUCUGCACUGAGGUAAACUACUCCAGGUCAGUCAGGCGCAAGAAGCACAUAUCAGGUAUUCUGGUGAGUUGACAAAACUCGUUUUUUUAUUGUACCAGUCAACAUAUUGGUCAACUUAGCACAUAUCCUCAGUAGUACAAUGAUAAUGUAGAUGUCAUCAAAUUAUUCUGUUGCACUCCCAAAUGAAAAUUGGUGUAGUUCUGACCUUCCACCAGUUUUGCAUACUAUUUAAUCGACUAUGCUGUGUAAUUUAUGUAUCCUUUUACCUGCCUGAAAUGUCCAGAAAUAUGCAGUUGAUAUCAAAACAUG